AUGAAACCGUUACAUAAAUGCGAAAGAUACUUUUCUUUCGGUCGAGCCAAUCGCUUUUGGAUAGAAGCGGACGAAAUUAUUUAUGAACAACAAGAGACAGAAACGAAUACCAUUUUUCGAGUGGCUGAUGUACACCUACGAGUACGCAAACACUUACUUAUCCGAAAUAGCGAAGGAAAAUUAGUCGACGAUGAAAAUGAAAGUGAAGAAGAGCAGCGUUCUGCUGAAAGUCUUUUUGCCAAAGCAUUUACAGAUCACUAUGAUGAAAUUGGCUUCUAUUUUCCGGAACUUCUUAGUCUAAAAGAAUUACUUAAGCUCAGUGCUCUGUAUGUGUUUGCACACGCUCAAUAUCAACAAUUAUCGAAAGCAAUCGACCACACUCCGAUAAUGACUUAUCUUACGGGAGUGCGAAACACUUUGUCCGACUAUCCUCAUAGUAAUAAUGCAUCUGUUGAAAAGUAUUACAAUCAAAUAUUGUCUGAUAAUGGCGUUUCACCAUGGGAAGUUCCAUCACAGCAAGCUAAUGAACUUCGAUCGAAAGUUCGGCAACAAUUGGAGCUAGUUGAUCAAAAUAUUUUGGAUAAACUUACCAUGAGUUUAUGUAAACAAACUCAUGCGAUAGUCUCAAACGAAGUAAGAGCUCUUGUCAAAGCUUGGUUAGAUGGAUAUAACAAUGAAACGACACAUUUAGCGCAGUUUCUCGCUAAAGGAAUCACAGAUUUUAAUCGUCACCUGAAAAAACCUAUAGAACAGUUAGGUAUUCAAUUGGAGCACAACGAUGAUGCAUAUAACACUCUCAAGUAUGCAGGAGAUAGUUGUAAUUGGGUUUCCGCCGUGUUCUUGAAUGUAUUCGGCAACGGUAGACGUAUUUAUGGUGGAGUAAAUCUACAACUAAAACUAACUGAAGGACAUGUACCAAGAAAUAACUCUACCAGCACCUACAAUGCCAAUACAUUUUUUUUCAAUCAAUCUUCGACAACAUCAAGUGCUCCAACAGCUGGUCCACGAAAUAAUCAAGAACGACAAAAUAUGAAGCAGGAACUUGUUCGAAACUCCAGAAGACAAGGUNAUUUUUCACAUCGAAUAGUCACCUUGGAAUCUGAAAUCCAAUGA